ACAAUCUAACUCUCAGUACUUUUUUCUUCAGCCCAGCCAGACAGAUCUGUGUCCACCAUGGAAGACGCUUUCAUCAUAGCCAUAGACUUUGGCACUGCCUACAGUGGAUAUGCCUUCAGUAUAACAUCCAGGGAUGAAGAAAUUGAUCCCUAUUUAAAAUUUUGGGGUCAAGAGGUUGGACUGGAAACCCCAAAGGCUCCUACCUGCAUCCUGUUUGAUGAACAUGAGGAGUUUGUCAGCUUUGGUUAUGAAGCUAAAGAAACAUAUCUUUCAAAAAAGGGUCAUGAAGCCAGGGAGCAGUACUUCUUUAACUGCUUUAAGAUGGCCCUAUAUGGAAAAAAAAUCACCAGGAAUCUGAAGAUUAAAGCAGCUAACGGAAAAGAAAUGACGGCAAUGAAAGUUUUUACAGAAGCACUGAGAUUCCUGAAGGACGACGCUUUACAAUAUAUUGCAACAAACACAGAGGGGAGGAAGUUCACAGCCUCUGAUUUCACCUGGGUGCUGACUGUUCCUGCCAUCUGGGAUCAUUCUGCAAAACAAUUUAUGAGAGAAGCUGCAACUCAGGCAGGUAUUGUGCCCAAAGAAAACUCUGACCUACUAGUCAUUGCCCUGGAACCAGAAGCAGCUUCAGUCUUCUGUAAAAGGCUUCCAUCUGAGGGUUUCAUAGCUGAAAACAGAGGAGAAGACAAACUAGACCAGUCUCCAGGAACUCAGUACAUUAUUGUUGACUGUGGAGGAGGAACUAUUGACAUCACUGUACACGAGGUCUUGGAGAGAGGAGCAUUGAAAGAGCUGCACAAGGCAUCUGGAAAUGAUUACGGAGGACAAAACGUGGAUAGAAAAUUUAAGGAGUUCCUGAUAGAAAUAUUCUGUGACGGAGUUUGGGAUGAAUAUGAACUAAACUACCCCAGUGAGGUUCAGAAAAUGAUGAAUGAUUUCAACAUUUUCAAAAAAAAGGAUAAAGACUUUGAAAUCACCUGUUCAUUGAACCUGGGAAGAGCAGCUCAGAAAAAACAAGACAUUGAACUUUUCCUUGAAAAAGUUCAAGGAGUAUCCUGGAAUGAAGGUUCCAUCAGAGUCUGUAAACAGAAACUGAGGUCUUUCUUUGAAGAGAGUCUGUGUGGGAUCACUGAUAAUCUCAGGCAGUUAUUAAGUAAAGAUUUUAAGAUUGAGUACAUCCUGUUAGUCGGGGGAUUUGCUGAGAGUGAGAUUCUACGUAGACAUAUAACUGAUGAGUUUAUUGAUAACUGCAAAGUUCUGUGUCCAUUUAGGCCACAAGAAGCAAUCCUGAAAGGAGCUGUUGAGUUCGGAAGAAACCCAUCAGUUGUAGCAUCAAGAAAAAGUGCUUUCACUUAUGGAGUUGGUACUAAUGAAAUGUUUAAUGAAUCAAUACACAGGGCAGAUAAAAAAAUCACAAACAAUGAUGGCACAUAUUGUACUGAUAUCUUUAUGGACCUAGUGAAAGCUGAUGAGGAUGUUGGAUGGAAUGAAACUAGGAAACACAUCUUAUAUCCUAUAGAAUCAGAUCAGACACAGAUGAACUUUACAUUUUAUCAAACCAAGAGACAAAAUGUAAAGUAUGUGGAUGAAAGAGGGGUUGAAAAAAUUGGCUCAUUUGCUGUGCCAUCUCCUGAUAUCACACGUGGACUGAGUCGUGAGGUCAAACUGGAGAUCAAGUUUGGUUACACAGAAAUGACAGCCACAGGCACAGACCAAGAGACGGGCAUAAAACAGACAAUUGAGCUGGAUUUCAUGAGGAUAUAACAGAAUCAAAACCUAGAGUUUAUUCAACAUCACU